GUAGUAGAUCCCUCCGCGCGGAGCUCGGGCCGGCGCUUCUUCCUGCGGGAAACCCCUGGGUGCCCAAGGCGGCGGGGCCGAGGCCGCGGCGACAGUGGGGCGGGGCUUGCGGUGGGAGGAGGCGGCUGAGGCGGAAGGACACACGAGGCUGCUUCGCUGCACACCCGAGAAAGUUUCAGCCAAACUUCCGGCGGCGGCUGAGGCGGCGGCCGAGGAGCGGCGGACUCGGGGUGCGGGGAGUCGCGGCAUUUGCGCCAGGGCUUCGGAGCGUAGCGCCAGGGCCUGAGCCUUUGAAGCAGGAGGAGGGGAGGAGAGAGUGGGGCUCCUCUAUCGGGACCCCCACCCCAUGUGGAUCUGCCCAGGCGGCGGCGGCGGCGGCGGAGGAGGCGACCGAGAAGAUGCCCGCCCUGCGCCCCGCUCUGCUGUGGGCGCUGCUGGCGCUCUGGCUGUGCUGCGCGGCUCCCGCGCAUGGCUCAGCAGGGAGCUGCAGGAGAAGGAGAAAGUGAUUGAAGUCCUGCAGGCCAAGCUGGAUGCUCGGUCCCUCACACCCUCCAGCAGCCAUGCCUUGUCUGACUCCCACCGCUCUCCCAGCAACACCUCUUUACUGUCUGAUGAGCUGGAAGCCUGCUCUGACAUGGACAUAGCCAGCAAGUACACACACUAUGAAGAGAAGAAAGCUUCUCCCGGUCACUCAGAUUCCAUCCAUCAUUCGAGUCAUUCUGCUGUGUUGUCUUCUAAACCAUCAUCAACCAGUGCAUCUCAGGGGGUUAAGGCCGAAUCCAACAGCAACCCCAUCAGCUUGCCAACUCCCCAGAAUCCCCACAAGGAGGCCAACCAGGCCCAUUCAGGUGCCAGCACUCUUCCUUCUGCUUCCACAGCUACAUUGCCGAGCAACGACUUGGAAGCCGACUCUUCCCACUACCUCAACUCUGCCCAGCCUCACUCUCCUCCUAGGGACACCAUACAACUAGGAAGAAUCCUGGAGCCUGGGUACCUGGGCAGCAGUGGCCAGUGGGACAUGAUGAGGCCUCAGAAAGGGAGUGUAUCUGGGGACCUAUCCUCAGGCUCCUCUGUGUACCAGCUUAACUCCAAACCCACAGGGGCUGACCUGCUGGAAGAGCAUCUUGGUGAAAUCCCGAACCUGCACCAGCGCCUGGAGGAGUCCAUCUGCAUCAAUGACCGCCUAUGGGAGCAAGUGGAACACUGGCUGAGCUCUACUGCAUGUGGAAGCGGAUCCACCUCUAAGUUCUACAGUCAGGGUCUGGAGUCCAUACCUCAGCUCUGCAAUGAGAACAGAGUCCUCAGGGAAGAAAAUCGAAGACUUCAGGCUCAACUGAGUCAUGUUUCCAGAGAGCACUCCCAAGAAACGGAAAGCCUGAGGGAGGCUCUGCUGUCCUCUCGAUCCCACCUUCAAGAGCUGGAAAAGGAGUUGGAGCACCAGAAGGUGGAAAGGCAGCAGCUUUUGGAAGACUUGAGGGAGAAGCAGCAAGAGGUCUUGCGUUUCAGGGAGGAACGUCUUUCCCUCCAGGAAAACGACUCCAGACUGCAGCACAAGCUGGUUCUCCUGCAGCAACAGUGUGAAGAGAAACAGCAGCUCUUUGAGUCCCUCCAGUCAGAGCUACAAAUCUACGAGGCACUUUAUGGCAAUUCCAAGAAGGGGCUGAAAGCUUACAGCCUGGAUGCCUGUCACCAAAUCCUUUUGAGCAGUGACCUGAGCCACCUGGUGGCAGAGGUACGAGCUCUGAGAGGGCAGCUGGAGCAGAGCAUUCAGGGGAACAAUUGUCUGCGACUGCAGCUGCAACAGCAGCUGGAUAGCGGUGCUGGCAAAGCCAGCCUCAGCCCCUCCUCCAUUAACCAGAACUUCCCGGCCAGCGCUGACUCUGGAAACAAGCAGCUGCUCCUCCAAGGGAGGAAGGAAAAGGGACUUAGAAAACCCUCGGCCAGUGGGGAGAUCACCAGGAUGUCUGCGGCAGAAGAUUCAGCUGUGUCCCCUCCAGUCUGGGAUGUUGGUAUGAAUUCCCCAGCUCUGGUCUUCCCCAACUCUGCUUCCUCUACUCCUGGCUCAGAAACGGCCAUAAUCAACAGAGCAAAUGGCUUGGGUUUGGAUACUUCUCCAGUAUUGAAGACCCCUCGCAAGCUGGAGGGUGAUGCUACUGAUGGCUACUUUGCCAAUAAGCAUGGCCGCCAUGUCAUUGGCCACAUUGAUGACUACAGUGCCCUAAGACAGCAGAUUGCAGAGGGCAAGCUGCUGGUCAAAAAGAUAGUGUCUCUUGUGAGAUCAGCGUGCAGCUUCCCUGGCCUUGAAGCCCAAGGCACAGGAGUGCUAGGCAGCAAAGGCAUUCAUGAGCUUCGGAGCAGCACCAGUGCCCUGCACCAUGCCCUAGAGGAGUCGGCUUCCCUCCUCACCAUGUUCUGGAGAGUGGCCCUGCCAAGCACCCACAUCCCUGUGCUGCCUGGCAAAGUGGGAGAAUCAACAGAAAGGGAACUUCUGGAACUGAGAACCAAAGUAUCCAAACAGGAGCGGCUCCUUCAGAGCACAGCUGAGCAUCUGAAGACUGCCAGCCAACAGAAGGAGAGCAUGGAGCAAUUCAUCGUCAGCCAGCGUGAAAUCCCUAAGGGCUCUGCUGUGUACUCCAGCCUUGUGACCCUUGCCUUCCAGGAACCAUGCAAGAAGCGCAGCCACCAGAAGUCCUUAAAACAGCAGGAAAGGUUGGCCUGUCCCCCUUUUGUGCAGCUACCUAUCUGCUGAGGAGCAUCUGGGCCUCAUUCCUCCAAGUCCACUGGAGGGUCCAGAAGAGGGAGUCAGAGAUGUAUCCUGGUGGAGCUGGGAAAAAGGCAGAAAGCCUUUCUGACAGCUAUGGAAUACCAUUAGCCAAGGUCCACUUGGCCCAGCACUAAGCAAAAGAUGUGUAGUUUGCGUAGAAGGUUUUGUGAUACUGCCUCUCAACAGCCCCAGCAGCUUGGGAACUAGCAAGAGCACAUUUCUUGCCUCAUCAGCUGUCCUGAGAUGGAAAACUCAGUGGAUAUAGGACCCUGAUUCCGAUGAAUGGGGCACGUGGUCCCAAUGCUGGAGCUCCUCUGUCAGGUCCUAAAAGCACACUACUGAGCAGCGGUGCCCUGCCGGACACUGCUGGCGGGGGCUCAGUGAGCACUACUCACAGAUCCACACCUGACCCUGUUGGGUCGAGUCAGGCUGAGUUUUGGUCUGCACUGUAGCACCUGCGUUCUUUGAGUUCACAUCAUGAAUGUGGUGACUUCCCAGAUACCAUCUCAGGCUUAACCUAGCACAUCCUAUUUCUUUUCUUCUAUGAUAUCCAAAUUGGACUGACCUCACUUCAAAGAUGCUGUCCCAUUUUGUCAUCCUAUCUUACCUUGGGGAAAUUGGAGACUGAUGGCCAGACCAACUCUGUUGAAAUUCUUGCAUAGAGCAAACCUGUGCUCAUUUUUAAGUGGCAUGGGAGAGGCCCCCAGCCUUGGUAAAGCCUAGUCUGUGUCUUCACAGUGCUGGUAGAAUGUGUUUGUGUGUAUAAAUGUAUGAUAUAGAUUUAUAUAUGUUGCUAUCGCCAUAUAUUGAAGGCCAACAUAACUGGUGGACAGGGUGGGUGACAGAAAAUGAAAGUCUUUGGUGAUUAUUAAAGCAAAAUGUGUAUAAAGAAAUAAA